CUACCGACUUCAGUUCAAAUCGGCUUCUCGUCCAAGCAUAGUCGACUCAAGGCGUCUGGCGCACGAACAUUCGAAAAGUCGUUAUACGUGUGAUUGCGGACUGUUUCAGUCCGGUGUGCACAGACGUUUAAAGUUGCUCAAGUUGAAAAAAGGGACACCGAUCUGACGUACAAACGUGAUUAUUCGCCAAAGAGAAAAACCUCAUAAAAAUCUCAAUUGGAGAAAAUGGAAAAUCAUUUUAACUGGUUACCAGGCAUAGAGAUGCCACCGAUACAAGAUGUGAGACAAAAUGUGGCGGACAACAGGCGACAGGCAAUUGAAUCAUGCGAGCAAACACACAUCAAACGCCCUAUGAACGCUUUCAUGGUAUGGUCUCGUGAGCAACGGAAGAAGGUUUCCCAAGAGUAUCCAAAGAUGCACAAUUCGGAAAUUUCAAAAAGACUCGGCUCCGAAUGGAAGAAACUUGGAGAGGAUGUUAAGCAGCCCUUUAUCGAAGAAGCCAAGAGGUUACGUACUGCGCACCAGGAAGCGCAUCCAGGCUACAAAUAUCGUCCUCGAAGGAAGCACAAGUCGAGUCGGUUUGAUAAACACACGACCAUAAAUACUUUCCCCCCGCCUAACUUCCCGUUGCCGGCAUACUUCGCCACAUCGCCGCAUCCAGUCAGUCAUCAUCACCCGCAUUCGUUUGACUAUCCGCACUUAUCGCCGUAUUUAGGAUCUACUUUCGAUUACCAUUUUAACAAAUCUAUAGUAACAGGAAACAAUAUUGCCCCAGGACCGCCCAAUUACGCAAUAGCAGCCCCUGCAGCUGCCGAUCUUGUCAACAAUAACACAAACAUUGUCACUAAUAAUUUCUACUCGAAUCUCUACCCACCAGCAUCAGUAAUAGCGCCAUCAGAAAUACUCCCAGGGGCAGUCCUCAGGCCACCUGAUACUGUGACCAACCCGUCGGAAAGUCAGAUUCAUGUACUUUCUAAGGAUAUCAUUGAUAUACCGUAUUUUGUAUAAGAACAUUUGGAUGUACUUAUACAUAUAAACAUAUCUUCGCAAUAUAUUAUUCAGGGGACUGAUCUGUGAUACUUCUAAUGCAAUAUUUGUUACGGAGGUUCGCGAGACUCCACUAUGAGACUUUCUACCAGUAUGAUGCGAUAUAAAAUCGAACGGACCAAACAACUUGGUAACAUAAACGAGAAAGUGAAAGAGAAACUGCGAUGGAUCAAGAGCUAUCUACGAGAACGUGCGAGUGAGAAAGUGCGAAAUAAGUUACUGACGAAUUAAAUUUUAUAUCCUGAUGAUUCACAUAAGAUAACAGUGGGAAUGACAUCGUUUAUUUAUAAAUACAUUUAUAAAUUUUUAAAUUUAUAAAGUAUAAUUUAUAAAUAAUAUCUAAAGAAAUCAAGAGAAAUCCCAGAUUACGGUAAAAGAAGGGAAAAGGCUACUUGAAUGACGAAGUAACUUUUCGUACAAAUUGCAUGAUUUAUGGAGGAAAUAUGACAUUGGACAGUGACAAAAAGCCACUCCAUGCCCAAAAAAAGGCAGUUCAACAAUAUUAGGCAGAAGUCUCAGAAAAGAGAUACAAGGGCUUGACGACAGAGACUAAUUGCCUUCCUAUUCAAGACAGCUACAUAGCUACAAAGCUAAAUUUAAUUUUUAUUUUUCAAGCAGUAUAAAAAUCAGGACCCUACAUCCUAAUGUAACA